AUGAAGACCUUCGCCAUCAUCUCCCUCGCCAUUGCCACCGCGCUUGCUCAUGCCCCAAGCUUGACAGAACUGACCAACGGGUUGCCCGCCUGUGCUGCAUCAGCCAUGAAUGCUUCCAUGCAGGAACAAAAGUGUAACGUCGCCCAUGUCGAUGCCACCGCUUUCGACUGCCUCUGCAACAACUACUAUGAUGUUACGGGCGGUAUCUUUGACAAGGUUCCGUACACUUGUGCCGCAGAUUUUGCGAGAGAUGCCGGAGCACUUUGUGGUGUAUGGGCUGUCGAGGGACCCUCGGCAAGCGACAUCAAGCAAGCUGUCGAGGCAUUGGCCGCCAAGGUUGGAGGUUCUGCGCAGUAG